UCCUCCUCUUCCUCCUCCCUCCAUCAUCCUCCUCUCCCUCUUCAUCAUCAUCCACAUCCCCCACCGCCGCAUUCCCCCACCGCCCAUCUCGCUAUCAUAUACACCGCGUCCUAAAUACGCCCUCUCGCUGCCAACGCUCUUUAGGUCCAAUAGCGCCUACCUCUAAAGCGCCCUGACAACACCUUCACGACGCCCCUCCCUUCGUGUCUAUCCUCCUCUUCACUUCAUCAACAACGACCAUGACCUGCCGCAAGCUGCUCCUAUUCCUCGCUCUCGCCAGUUCAUCCGUCCUCCCCGCCUCUGCAAACCUCACACCACACAAACGAUCACCCAAUGUCAACCCUCCACCGACAAAACGGCAGGCCGGUGCCCCCGGUCAGCCGACAAAGUCUGGUGUACCAGGGACGUUCGAGAUUGUCGGAAACUCAGGCGCGUCUGCACAGCAGAUGUUCCUCGGCACACCAGACAGAGUCUACAUCCUCGAUAAGGCAGAGGGAAACCCGCUCCAGGUGAACGGUUACCCAGCAUGGGGCACGGAGAUCGACGUGUCGACAAACGAAGUACGCGGGAUGUUCCUCUACUCGAACACGUUCUGCGCUGCGGGUAACGUCCUUGCGAACGGCUCGUGGGUCAACUUUGGAGGCAAUCAGGCCGUAUCCUAUGGUGGGCUUACCCCUACUGGGUUCUCCCAGACCGGUGGACCACCGUACAACGAUGCGGAUGGUGGAAAGGGUGUGCGUAUAUUGGAUCCCUGUGAUGACCAGUCGUGCGAUUGGAUUGACCUGCCUGAGAUGACUACGCGUCGGUGGUAUCCUACGAUCGAGAACCUGGAGGAUGGGUCUCUUAUUGUUAUCGGUGGUGACGAGUGGGGUGGAUAUGUCAACGAUCCGUCGCAGAACAACCCGACGUACGAGUUCUUCCCGUCCCAAGGUGCCCCUAUCGGCCUCAACAUCUUGCUCAACUCGAUGCCGUGCAACUUGUUCCCGCUUACUUGGCUCCUUCCGUCUGGGAACCUCCUUAUCCAGUCUAACUGGAUGGCCGAGGUCUUCGACUACAAGAACGCGGUUGAGUACCCGCUGCCCAACAUCCCCAACGCUGUGCGCGUGUACCCCGCCUCGGGUGCGACAGCCAUGCUUCCCUUGACACCUGCGAACAACUGGACCGCGACGGUCAUCUUCUGCGGUGGGACCAACCUCGAGCCUGAUCAGUGGCCUGACCAGCCCGGUGGAGCUUCCUGGAACAUCGCCGCUUACCCGGCUGACAACUCUUGCGUCAAGAUCUCCCCCGAUGUGAGCGAGAAUUGGGAGUACGACGACUCUAUUCCUGAGGGCCGUAGUAUGGGCCAGUUCAUCAUCCUGCCCGAUGGCAAGCUUCUCCUCCUGAACGGUGCCAAUCUCGGUACAGCUGGGUACGGAAACGACUCGUGGGCAAUUGGCCGCUCGUACGCCGACUCGCCUGUCAUGAGCCCUCUGAUCUACGACCCCAACGCACCUGCUACCCAGCGUUUCAGCAGGAAUGGCCUGCAGGCAUCCACCGUCCCGCGUAUGUACCACUCGUCCGCCACUCUGCUCCCUGACGGCUCUGUCUUCGUCUCCGGUUCCAACCCCAACCCGGACUACGACAUCAGCGUCAAGUACCCAACCGAGUACCGUACGGAGCGCUUCUACCCGCUAUACUACUCUUCCCGCCGUCCGGAACCAGUUGGCCUGCCCUCGACCCUCUCGUACGGUGGGCCGCCGUUCGACGUACAGCUCUCAGCGCAGGAUCUUGCUUCUACCUCCAUCUCCAACUGCACAGUAGCCGUCAUGCGCACAGGCUUCUCCACGCACGCGAUGAACAUGGGCAUGCGGAUGGUCGAGCUCGCCACGUCCUAUACCGGGAACACAGAUGGCAGCGGGGUGCUACACGUUGCACAGAUGCCCCCUAACCCGGCAAUAUUCCAGCCAGGACCGGCGAUGCUCUUCGUCGUCUGUGGCGGUGUACCUUCAGUAGGAGAAUGGAUCAUGGUCGGCAGUGGGCAGAUCGAGCAGCAACCGCUGAGCACCGCCGGCGUCCUCCCCGCAUCGAGCUUGCCUGCGAGCGCAGCUGCUAACAGUACCAACGGGUCGACCGGCACCAACGGGACUGGAACGGGCAAUACUGGGAGCAAGAGCGCUGCUGUACAGCUUACUGCUGGAUCUGUGGCUUGGGCUGCUCUUCUUGGCGCACUCGUACUCCUCGGAGCGUCAAUAUGAUCCACAACACUCAUAACCAAUUGGACAAUCCCACCCAAACCCAAACAACGUCAACUCAAACUGCGAGCUGCGACAGCUCUAACCAAAUUUUCUUCUCCGGUCUUCCGGUUCUAUUUGUCUGGUGCUCGCGAGCCGAGCGUCCGCUCUUUCCCUCCGCUUUCCUUAACCUACGGACUCGAAUCUCUAUCUUCUAGAACACUUUCCUGUCAGAUAGUUUCUCUUUGUUCUCUACGCCAACCCUGCCAAGGUCGCGCGUUCACAAGAGCUUUUCACUCCACACCUGGCCUGGUCUCGUUGGCUUCCGUUCCUUUCCAGUUUGAGUAUACAAGGACUUUUUGAUUUCCCUCAUCCUCAUCCUUUUUCCCGUCCUCUUUCAGCUGAGCUUCCCGCCGGGCUGCGAGGCGCGAAGUGGAGUUAUGGAUGGAGGGAGGGCUUGGGCGGCGUUGGCCUGGAGGGAGAUAUCAUGCUUCUUGAUGGCAUAUAAUGACAAGUGCAUUUCC